CUCUCGGUUGACAAAAAAAAAAGCGGUCACUCUGGAAAAUUUUGAAUCCAUUUUAUUCUCGUCGUCUGUCCCUCACAAUCAAAUCGGGUGCUGUUGCUGCUGCUCGUAAAAAUUAGGAGAUGGAAGCUCUCUACGCCAAGCUCUACGACAAAUACACCACCCUCAAGACGAGGAAGUUUUCGGAACUGGAUGAGAUCAAUAGGGAACAAGAAGAGAAGUUCCUUAACUUUGUUAAAGCCUCAGAGGCGUUGACGCAGCAUUUGAGAAGCGAAAACCAGAAUUUGAGGGAUGAGAACACUGAAAUCAGAUCCACCAGGGACGAGGAGCGUCUUGAGCUUCAAAAGCGUCUUUUGGAAGAAGAACUAAAGAACAAGGCACUUUCCUACCAAGUUGAGAAACUUAAAGAGCUUAUCUCAGAGGGAGUUCCUCCUCACAACCACAAAGAUCAAAGUGGAACAAAACGAAAGACUCCUGAAUCUCCUCAAGUUACAACGAGGAGCAUGAGGAAACGUACAAGGCAGUCAGAUGAUAGUAUGGUGGAAACAGACACGGUAUCACCCACGAGGAGCUCGAGGAGACGUAGCAGGCUGACAGAGGAUAUCGUGGUAUCACCACCUCACAUUACCAUACCUCGUGAAUCAACUACGGAAACUCUCUUGGUUUCUCAACCCCAAAGCUGUGGAUCAAGCAACUCUGCUCGUUGUCCAUAUCAAGCUCUGGGCGAGCACUUGAUAGGAAUGAAACUGUCGACUAAUAAUGACGGCGGACGAGACUGCAUUGUUGCCUCCCAUCCGUCAAGCGGAUUGUCAUUCACCUUGACUUGGGUAAAUAACUCAACUGGUGAAGAAGAAGAAGAAGAUGAGCUGCUCUACAAGGUUGAGUCAUUGGGGACGUUUCAAAGAGUUGUGCCUGAAUGGAUGAGAGAUGUUAUCAAGUUUAGCACGAGUAUGAUUCCUGUCUUCUUCGAAAGAGUCUCUCGGGUCAUUAAGCCCCGGGAUUGAUCGGUAUCUACAUCUGCCUCCCUUAACUUCGGCCAUCAUCUUUAAAUGGCUUCUUCUUAGUUUGGUGUUUAUCAGUAGGUCAAAAAGGGGUAGGGAAGUUACUUGUGUCUAUAGAAAUGUUUGUAUCCCUCUUUUUAGCUUUGCCGUUGGUUAUGAAGACUUAAUUGUAAUCCUUUUCAAUGUGUCAAGAUGUUUAAUUGUCCU